AUGGCUGCUACAAUGAAUAGUGAAUUAAUUCUUGAAGCGAAAAGAUUGAGUCCAAGACCUCCAUCAAAUCGCAACCAAUCAAGAAUGCCCACUAGAGGAAAACGGAAUCAAAAGCAGACGCCCAAUAAGGCAUCAAAUUUCAUGAAUGAAAGAGCUCUUAAUGAAGUUGCAAUGUGUCAGCUGUAUCAACAAAAUCAGACAGAUUCUAUCUCUCAUGAAUCAAAAUUAUCAUGUCAAGAAGAUUCAGAUCGUAUCCAGACUCCGUUCACUAAUGGCAAUUACCCCACAAAUUCCACCAUUACAAGCACUAAAGUAUUUGCUGAAAAUCCUAUAGAGUCAAAUCAAUCAGUUGAUGCUAAUAAUAACAAUGAAAAGGAUACUAAUCCUAUUUCAAUAUUGAGUACAAAUUCUGUAGAAUCUAAAGAACUUUUAACCGCAACUACCCAUGAAAUAAUGAGGAAUAAUGUUUAUGAUAAGAAGCCAAGUACAAGUCCUGCUAUAUAUAAUCAGGAAGUCAUGAUUUCGUUUAGUGAUGAUCACGAUAAUAAUAUGAAUAGUAUUUAUUUAAAUAAACCAAACACUAGCCCUGUCAAUUCUCGUCUAGCGCAAAAGCAAGAAGGAAUGAACGAUAACUUCAUUUUACCGAAAAACUCAUUUGGUAAUCACCUCUUCUAUUUACCGGCACUAUGUAAGUCCGUUGAUCUUCAGCCGAAUUACAAUCGGUCUCGACAGUCGCAGAAAACUCGAGAGGGUCGGAUACCAUCACAAAAUCAAACAAACACUACAAAAGAUCUUUCCGACCAUUACAAUUAUGAAUUACAUCAGCAAAGAUGGGUUUUAACCGGGAAUAUAGAUCGCUAUUCAUUAGGAACAUUAAAAUUCGGCGAUAAAUCCAAGGAAAAAGCAAAAUCGUCGCCUAAAUAUCCCGUUCACGGUACUCCAACUCGGAAACAUCAACAAUCUAUGACUAGCAAUUAUUAUAAUAACCUUUACCAAUAUUAUGCUGCGAAUCAAUCGCAAUCUGCCAUUAACCAGUAUAUAUCUCGGCAAUAUCAUCGUAAUAAUGCUUAUCGCUCAAAUAGAAAGGUACAGCAUCAUAAGCGAAAAAAGGACAAAAAUUAUGAUAAUGAUACAGUUAAUCCGUGGAUCUAUGAUAGCCCUACUGCUACUCCAACAACACUGGAUGAUAGAAGUAUCAGCCGACGAAGCCAAAUUCCAGAUGAUGACAGCGAUUACGUUAAGAAAACUUCUCAGAUGAGAGUACGGUCCAAUACCAAUAACAGUAAUAUAACGCUGUCUAUUAAUCCUAGUAGGAGCCAUUCUAAUGACGAGGUAUUUACACAUCCUAUACCAAAUGUUAAUUAUGAUGGUGACAUUAGUCAUGAUAGUUUUCAUCGUGCAGUAACGACAACGCCUGUUGAUGAGGAUAAUGAUCAGCCAAGUAAACAAGAAGAAGAGGUACCAAUAUUGGCAAGCCCUAUACCACCUUCUAUAACAGAUAUAAAUAGUAACAGUGUAGCUAUCGAUAGCCAGAAUAAUAUUCUACUACCUGAUAAACCUGGAUCACCCCUACCUGUUAUUCAAGGGAAAAGCAGUAACAAUUUACAUCAUCCUCAAUUGCUGACUGAUUUAUCGCAAUCUUUAACUACAUCAGCUAGUAGUGAUAAGAUAACAUCAUUAUCGCUGGGGAAAAUAAAGCUAAGUGAUCAAGGUAAAUCGAAGAGUACAUCAUCUAUCCGUUAUAAUCAGACCUUACCAAAAUCGACAAUACGUAAAGGAAUUAAUGGAAUGACUGAGAAACAGAAGUAUCAAGAUACCCAAUCUGAGAAUAAGGAAGAAAUAUUAUCAUCAACGCUAAUACACAGUAACGAGUUUAGGAAUGGAUCCCCCAAACGAGAGCCAUUACCUGAUGAUUUAAUUAUACUAAACUUGACUAAGAAAAUGCAGGAUAUAGAAUCUAAAAAUGAAAAAUCGUUAUCAUCGUCUCGAAGUCAGCAACUUUUGUGGAAUACGUCUCGAAUUAAUUCCUAUUCUAGGCAGAUUGAAGCAAUGUCAAAUUCAGAAGCUUAUUGUAGUCCGCGGCUUGUAGGCCGAGAAAUUGAUCAGGUAUUAGGAGAAUGUUUAACAUCACAACAAGUGUUAGCAUCAAGCAGCGAUUUCGGUAAUGUUGCAACGGUUCCAUUUGCAUCGAGACCUACAACAAAAGUGGUUACACGUAAUCAUGAUUCAUUAAAUCAUUCUCAUCCUAAUGAUACUGUGAUCCAUGAGACUAGUUUAGUUUCCGUUAAAGGAAAUAAGCUAACAUAUUUGUAG